AGGGUGGGAUCGUUCCGUGAACGGAGACGGUCGACGGCUGCGCAGAAGUUUCUGUCGCCGCUAUCGCCGCUGUCCAGUGAUGGCAUGGCGGGGAUCUCGUCGCUGACGUCCGAGUCCACCAUGUCGUCGGUGUCGGAGUUUAAUACACCGCCAAACUCGCUGAUUAGCAGCUACUUUGGUAAAGGCCCGAUCCGGUCGCCGGGCGCCGACUCUUCCCGUGCCAUAUCGCUUUCGCCCGGGACUACUUCCCCGUGGUCCAGUGUCGAGAACAAAGAGAUACCAAGAAACAAGUCGUUUUCGUUUGAAGCCUCGAAAUCACCCCGUCCCAGAUCGAGCCGCAGAAAAACUUGUAGUGAGCGCUCUCUGAACUCGUGUUCGUCCAAUGGCAUCAGCCCCGCGAGUAUGUUCCUCUCCUCGUUCGGCAAGUCGUCGCGACGACCGUCGAUACAGCAAGUCUCGCCCGACGACGAAGGGCAGGAAGUUGGCUCGUACGUGCUAGGCAAGGAGAUCGGCCACGGCGGCUUCAGCACUGUAAAGGAAGCGUUUACCUUCUCGGAAGGCCGCGAGGUCAAGCACGCGGUCAAGAUCGUGCGCAAACGCAUCCACUCAGACGACGCCGAGAAUGACCGCGUGCAGGCCGAGCUCGACCACGAAAUCUCACUUUGGCGGUACAUGCACCACCCGCACAUCGUCUCGCUGAUCUCGGUCUUCGACACGCCGUUCGCCACGUUCGCGUUCAUGCAGCUUAACGAAGACGGCAGUCUGUUCGACCUGAUGAAGCAGCCCGCCAACCGCCGCGGCCUCGCCGCAAAACAGGCGCAGCGCUACACCUUCCAGCUCGCCUGCGCGCUCCGCUACCUGCACGAGGACAUGCGCAUCGUCCACCGCGACGUCAAGCUCGAGAACUGUCUCCUCGACAACCCGUCCGCCGACGGCGGCGCGCACCUGCUGCUCUGCGACUUCGGCCUCGCUAAGUUCAUCAAGAACCCGCACGACUCGGACUCGGACUCGGACUCGCGGCCGUCGACGCCGCACACCGCCGACGCGGCGUCCUACUGCAUAACUGGCUCGCUCCCCUACUCCUCGCCGGAGACGAUCCAGUCGCCGACCGAAGACCCGUCCCCCGCCGCCGACGUCUGGGCGCUCGGCGUUGUCCUGUUCACUAUGCUUACAGGCUCCCUCCCGUUCUCGCACAGCCUCCAGCCGAAGCUGGCUGCAAUGAUCGUCGACGGGAGCUUUGAUGUCAAUGCGCUAAGACAGUGCUGGGGACUCAAUGAGGUCGGCAAGACACAGAUGGAAAUGGCGGUCCAGGUCGUUAAGGGUUGCCUCACGGUUAAUCCCGAGAGACGCUGGAAUAUUCAGGAUGUGCUCGAGGCCGCGUGGUUCGAGGGCGUCGAGGAGUGAAAAGUUGCUUAUUGGGGAUUUGUUUAUUUUUCUUUUACUCUACUUUGGGAAUCUCUCCUUACGGUGCGCUGCGGUGUUUUCAUGGGACAUAUGGGACAUGGGGGGACGGAGGGGAAAAUGGCGUUUGUCUUUUUGUUGCUUUUGUUUAUUCUCUUCUCUUCUUCUCUUCUUUUUCUUCUUUCUUCAUUUCGUUUCUUCGUUUGAAGUGGUGUACGAUUACUCGAUAUCUCGGGGUCAUUUGUGUUUCUGUAUGUGGGGGGAAUGGGGAGGGAGGGGGAGCACGUUGCUUAUUUUGCGCAUACCUAUUUCUACUUGCGCGCGUGGUCAUGGUCGUGGGUUGUUUUUUUUCUGGCUUUGUACUUUAAAUUGCACUGACUGGACUUUAUGGGGAUUUCUUGGG